AUGCCAACAACUAUUGAAUUGCUCAAAUGGUCAAAUCUAAUUUCCUCUAUAAUGUUGAUAUUGAUUGGAGUCACAUAAAUAAUAUCAUUAACUAUCCUUUUUUCAAGUUUUAGUUUUAGUUUCUUUAUGUCAUUUUUUUUGCCAUUUUUCUUAAUGUAAAUUCAAAAUAAUAUUUAGAUUAUUUGGAAUCAUGCUAUUUGCAAGUGGUUAAAAGAUGGAAUUUAUGGAUAAUAAUUUCAGAUUUUUGAGUUCUUUAUUAGGAAGAGGUCUAUUUAAUAUUUAGUAUUGAAGAAUUUAAUUAUAAAGUUUAGCUUCAUUGGCUGUUUAUUAAUUAGCAAAUGCAGCAAGUGAUAUAAUUGGAUUCAUUAUUGGAGCAAUGUUAUUUUGUACAGGUGGAUUUUAUUUGAUAUUACAUUUUUGUGGAGUAAUAUAAUAUAUAAUAUAUAUUAGAAUAGAGAAGAAUUAACAUCAUAUAAGCAAUAAUUAGGUUGA